GUACAACUUCAUUGUUCUCAUACAUAUUGGUAUGACCACGUGACAAAUACAUCGUUAUCGUUAUUGAGAUAUCUUUAUGAUAUAUAACAUUGAUGAAAUCCGGCGAGAUAUAGUUACGGGAUUUAAGGAUAGGCUCGUUUCAUAAUCAAAGACCUCAACUUGCGUGCGCACCGACUGCAUCUCCAAGCUUCAUCGAAAGUACCUGAAAUUCAUCGUACCCCACCUACCAGGGCAUAGACAGACGCAGCAAUGGCUCAAAACGACGAGACGCCCACGUGGAACCCGAGCGAUAGCAGAAUGGCAAGUCAGACAUUUUCUAAGGUCAUCACUAGUAGCGAUGCCAGCGUGCUAACAGUGGGUUUUUUCUAGGUUCUCUUCAAGGACUCGUUCAAGCUGCGGACGCUGAUGCUCUUCGGCGCCGUGAUCCAGCUAACGCUGCUGAUAUGGCUCUCCACCAAGGUAGUCUUCAUGAUAACCAUGUCCCUAGUCGGCCUCACGAUCUUCCGCUCCCUCGUCGUGAUCAUGGAGGGCUACGCCAGCAACCCGUACGUGCGGAACGUGUGCCGCGGGCGCACGAUGGCGAUGCUGCCUCGUCGCGCGACGGGCCGCUUCGAGGACCCGCCCGCCGCCGACCCCGUCGUCGUCUUCCACUUCGGCGUCCGCUUCAACCACCCGCUCGGCCUCCUCUGCCCCGGGGGCCCCCAGAUCACCCGCCACUUCUUCCAGUGCCUCGACGAGAUCCAGGAGCAGGCCGAGGACUACGGGCUGCUGGGCCUGUCGAGGUGGCAGUCCGGCGACCGCGGCAGCCAGAACACGAUGAUGUACGUCUUCUACUUCCGCGACCUCGAGGGCCUGGCCCGGUUCUCGCAGAGCGACAUCCACCGCGACGCGUGGGCGUGGGCCAGCAGGACGAACCCGAAGUACAUCGGCUUCUUCCACGAGACGUUUAGUGUGCCCCGCCACGCGUACGAGACGGUGUACGUCAAUAUGCCGCGCACGCUGCUGGGCGACGCGAUGGUGUGCUGCGAGGUGGAUGAUGCUGAUGGGCAGGAGGAGGACAGGGAGUGGGUUCGCACGCUGGUGGAUGCGGGGAACUCGCGCUUGCAGACGAUGUGGGGGAGGAUGGGGAGGGUGCAGCGGAGGAGGAGGCGGGAGUAGGAAGGAAGUCUUGGGAGUGUGGCUUUGAGGCUUUAUCGAUGAUCGUGUUGCAUACCUAGUUCUACCUUUAUGGUGGUUUUGGAAAAAUAUAGUAUAUGGUCUUGACCCGAAUUUACCUACUUGGUGACUUGUUAAAUGAGAAGCAGUUGUAAAGCAGUUAUACGAAAUAUUUGGCGACUGAAAAGCACAGGGGGUGGCGCAUUGCUGUGUGAUAGGUACAUAGGUACUAAGCACUAGCCACAAAUGACACAUCACCAUUUUGUGUGUGUGUGGCUGAAGCUAU